CAGUAUCUGGCUCUCAGGAAAGACAGGAGCAGAUGAGGUCACCAUUUCAGCAUUCUUUUAAUAUUUCUGAAGAACCCAAUUCAGUCAGAAGUGAGCGAUAUGAUAAAGAAGUGAUGAUGUUAAACUGUUGCUUCGAUGAUAUUGAACUCUUCGUUGGUCGACUUCAACAUGCUGCAGCAGCUUACCAGGAACUAGAACGAAGGCGUAAAGGACGAAAAAACAAAAAGAAAGACUUUGGUGAUGGAAUGCUGAGCAUACGUGCCAAGCCUCCAACUGAGCGAGAAUUUUUUGAGGUUCUGCAGAAAUUCAAAUUUUCCUUCAAUCUGCUGGUAUGUGCCAUACUGAGUUCUUAUAUUUAUAUCAUUUUGGGUUAUAUCUUUAACAUGAAAACU